CCGGACGCUGACGCGGGCCGGGACCGCGCGAGCCACGAGCCGCCGCUGUAUGUGGCCAUGACGAAGUUAGCGCAGUGGCUUUGGGCACUGGCGCUCCUGGGCUCCGCCUGGGCGGCCCUCACCCUGGACCCUCUGGGCCUGGAGCUGCCCUCGCCCUGCCGGGAGGUCCUGUGGCCACUGCCCGCCUACUUGCUGGUGUCCGCCGGCUGCUAUGCUCUGGGCACUGUGGGCUAUCGCGUGGCCACUUUUCACGACUGCGAGGACGCCGCCCGAGAGCUGCAGAGUCAGAUCCAGGAGGCCCGCGCCGACCUAGGCCGCAGGGGGCUGCGCUUCUGACGCCUCAACCCCAGUCCAGUCCGACAGCCCUCCUCUCCCUCCCGUUUCCCAUUAAAGAGCAGCUGUGUUUUCUAA